GGAGCCUCAGCUCAGGCUAGCCACGGUUUCCACGGCAACCAACAACACCGGGUUGCCGGGGCGACCGCCGCUGGGGAGCUCGUCGCUAAUUGGCGUGGCCGACGCCAGUCGAUGGACGCCACAUUCGAUUGGUCAGCGCAGCCGCAGACUCCGCCCACAUCCCCGGGCCGCGCUCUAGGUGAGGCGCCAAGCGGUCUUCGCCUGAGGGUCUGAGGCUGCGAAAGGGGCUUAACCAUGAAUGGUUCCUGCGAGAGGUCUGGGGAGGAUGAAGAGCAAGAGGAAGAGGCGACGGCGGCCUGUGGACGUCUUGCAGGGGUCCCCCAGGCCAAGCAGGGUCCCGAGGCCGCGGACUCCGACCUGGAGACGCAAGGCACCCAUGGGCUUGGAGAACUGGUCGGGGACACCCUCUACCUGAGGUCCUGCUGGAUCCAUAGUGUUGUGCCCAUCUUCUGCUUUCUGUGCCAAGGGAGCACCCCAGAGCUGAACCUGCCGCAUGGUGGCCUGGGGCCCCAGGGCGCCCGGGCUCUGGCUUCCUCGUUGAGCUCCAAUCCAUAUGUCAAGUAGCUGAACCUUUGGGACAAUGGGCUCUAUGGGGCAGGUACAGAGGCCCUGGCAGGUGCCCUGAGCAAAAGCAGCAGCAUCUGUGCUGUGGACCUGUCGGAGAACCAGCUGGGAGUGGCAGGAGCCCAGGCCCUCUGUGCUGCUUUCACCAUCAACCGGGCCGUGGAGAAGAUACAGCUGUCAGGGAAUGGCCUGGAGGAGCAGGCGGCCCAGUACCUUGCUGAACUCCUGCUGGGCCACACAGACCUGAAGUCCCUGGACCUGAGCUAUAACCAGCUGAAUGAGCAAGCAGAUGAAGCGUACACAGGGACCUACAGGCAGCUCUUCCACCCGGAGCAGCUGAUCACCGAGAAGGAAGAUGCAGCCAGUAAUUACUCCAGAGGCCAUUACACCAUCGGCAAGGAGACCUGGUCCUGGACCAGAUCCACAAACUGUCCCCCAGGUCUCCACGGCUGUGGUGGAGCCCUACAACUCCAUCCUGACCACCUACAUGACCCUGGAACAUUCUGACUGUGCCUUCAUGGUCGAUGGCAAAGCCACCUAUGACAUGUUGGUGCAACCUGGACAUUGAGUGUCCCACAUACACCAACCUCAGUCAUCUGAUUGGGCAGAUCGUGUCCUCCAUCACGGCCUCCCUGUGAUUCAAUGGGGCCCUGAAUGUGGAUCUGACAGAAUUCCAAACCAACUUGGGGCCGUACCCUCAUAUCCACCUUCCCCUGGCCACCUACGCCCCGGUCAUCUCAGCCAAGAAGGCCUACCACGAGCAGCUGUCCGUGGCCGAGAUCGCCAAAGCCUGCUUUGAGCCAGCCAAUCAGAUGGUCGCUGUGACCCUCGCCACGGCAAGUACGUGGCCUGCUGCAUGUUGUACAGGGGGGAUGUGGUCUCCAAAGAUGUCAGUGCGGCUGUCGCCACCAUUGAGAGCAAGCGCACCAACCAGUUUGUGGGUUGGUGUCCGACUGGAUGUAAGGUAGGACUGGGUGAGGUGGAGUCCUUGUGCCGUCAGGAAGCAGCAGACCUGCAGAAUAAUGCUGCCCGUGAAGGCCCGCAUCCUUUGUGGAGACAACCCCUUUUCAUGUCAGCUAGGUUGCAAGGAGAAUAAUUUUAGUAAUUUAUUUCCUACCGCCUUAUACUUUACCAAAUACUUUAUGUUCCCUUAUAUGUUACCACCACCCUUUAAAGUUCAUGGGGCAAUAUUACCAGCAUCUUACACUUUAGAAAACAGAGGCUGAGGCCGGGCAUGGUGGCUCACACCUAUAAUCCCAGCACUUUG